UCCACUACCAACAGGAGAGCAGAGAUGUCUUGAGGCACACCCCCAAUAUAAGAGGAUGUCUGCCCUAACCACUCAAGAGAGGAAGCAAAAACAGGACAGAUUGCAACAGCCUCUACACUUCCUUCAUGGCCUGCUCUUGGGCCGUGGCGACAAGCAGAAAGAAGCUUGAUUGUGGAGAGGUGCCCUAGCGGAGGGAUGUCUGCCACAGUCCAGGCACCCCACAGAGGGUAGGAGCUCCAUGUACGAGUGGCUUUGCAUUUCUUCAGAAAAGAAUAGCUGAUGUGCAAUCUCAGCCUUUCUGCAGAAGGAUUUAUCAGGGGCCAGCAUGGGCUCUGUGAAUUCUAGAGGCCAUAAGGCCCAGGUGGUAAUGCUGGGCCUCGACUGUGCUGGCAAGACCACAAUCCUGUACAAACUGAAAGGAAACCGGCUGGUGGAUACCCUACCCACUGUUGGUUUUAAUGUAGAGCCUCUUGAGGCUCCUGGACAUGUGUCGCUGACUCUCUGGGACAUUGGGGGACAGACCCAGCUCAGGGCUACGUGGAAGGACUACCUGGAAGGCAUUGACCUCCUUGUGUACGUGCUGGACAGCACAGAUGAAGCCCGCUUGCCCGAGGCAGUGGCUGAGCUCGAGGAAGUCCUAGAAGACCCCAACAUGGCUGGUGUUCCUUUCUUGGUACUGGCCAACAAGCAGGAGGCUCCUGAUGCUCUACCAUUGCUUGAAAUCAGAAACAGGCUGGACCUGGAAAGGUUCCAAGACCAUUGCUGGGAGCUGCGGGCUUGCAGCGCUCUCACAGGUCAGGGGCUACAGGAAGCCCGGCAGAGCCUGCUGCAUUUGCUGAGAUCCUGAUGAAAUGCAGUAACCUCUAACUCCAGGCUGGAGCAGGACAGGGAGCAGGGUCAGCCAGACCCCCUGAGCAGGCAAAUAGAUUAUCCUUGCUUCUAAGAACAGGAGGGGCCAGCUGAUCCUUGAGAAAGUGAAGCUCCGUUUGCCACAUGAGAAACCACGUUUCUCUUGGACGGUGUGUUUUCUUCUCAGGACUUCUUCUCAGUGGCGGUUAUGCGGAAAAUCAACUGUUCUUCAAGUAACAAUCGUCAGAGGGAAUAUAAAAACCCUCAGAAUACCCCCAUGUAACAGCUCAGUACCAAGUGUCAAAGUCACAAACUUGGUGACAUAAUUAUUGAUGACCAAGUUCACAAAUGAAAAGAGGUUUCAAAACUACAUCUGAGUGUCACUGGGCCUAUCGCUGUUAUCCGAGUGUCACUGGGCCUAUCAUUGUCAUCCGAGUGUCACCAGGCCUAUCACGGUCAUCUGCCUGUCACUGGGCCUAUCACAGUCAUCAGGAGCGACUCUUCCUACUGGCCUUGGGGCAGAAGCCACUGUCACUGGUGGGCUCACAGCAGGAGGGGCAGGUCUGCUCUCAUAAUGCUGCAGAAGGCAGAAGUCCAUGGGGCCCUAGAUCCUCCCAGAAUUCCCCCUGAUCUCCAACUCUGACUAACUCUUUUCUGCCCUAUAUCCUCUGUUGUAAAAAAGUAAAAUAAAACUCCUCUUAUACUCUC